GAUACCAAGUCAUUUAGUGUAUAAAAAUCGCAUAGAAGACAUCGAAGAUAUUGAAAUCUCCGUCAAGAGAAGCAAAAAAAAGAAAUCAGAAUUACCGAUACCGAUGGAUUCUUCGAAAAAUUAUCGAGAUUUUUCGCCUACAUUUGUUUGGCAUGAGGAUCAUAAUUCUCGUGUUCUUACUGUCCCCCUUAAAGAUUUUAGAAGCAGCCAACUGAAAGUCCAGGUGACAUCCACUGGAAAGUUGAGGGCCUUCGGCGAACGGAUGAUCGAAGGCAACAAGUGGCUCCGAUUCUACAAGGAGCUAGAUGUCCCCACCGAUACUGACACCGACAAGAUCUCUGCCAAGUUCGAGGAUGGCGUCCUCUACGUCAAACACCCCAAAAAACUCUCUGCCGCUGCUUCCACCAACCUACCGGAGAAGCCAACGUCCAUGCCCAAGCCCAAGCCCGAGUCCCGACCCCCGCCCGCGGCCGGGAAACCCAAAACCGAUCCCCAACCACCGGCCGAGCCUCCGAAGCCAGCGGCCUGGAAACCCAAAGCCGAUCCCCGACCACCGGCCGAGCCUCCGAAGCCAGCGGCCGGGAAACCCAAAGCCGAUCCCCGACCACCGGCCGAGCCUCCGAAGCCAGCGGCCGGGAAACCCAAAGCCGAUCCCCGACCACCGGCCGAGCCUCCGAAGCCAGCGGCCGGGAAACCCAAAGCCGAUCCCCGACCACCGGCCGAGCCUCCGAAGCCAGCGGCCGGGAAACCCAAAGCCGAUCCCCAACCACCGGCCGAGCCUCCGAAGCCAGCGGCCGAAAAAUCCACAGUCCACCUACCAACUGUUCCACAAAAUGCCCCAAACAGCCGAAAUGAGAAACGCCAAUCACAAUCAAGUAGCAAAGAAGCCCCCACUUCCCCAGGGACAACAGAUCUAAAAAAAGAAUUAGAGGAUCAGCAGAAUCUCCUAGUCGGCCCACAAACUGUCCCACAGAGACAAAAUGAGGAGCCUCAAGAACAGGCACAUGGGAAACAAACCCCCUCUCCCCAAAAGGAAAAAACAGAGGAGGAGAAGGCAAAAGCACACACAAAUCUGAAGGAAGCUAUGGAGAAGACAAGAGAUGAGGAAAGGGGGAAAGAAGUAAUUGGGUCGAAAAUGGGAGAGGGCAAAGGGAAUGGGGAAAAGGGCAGCCAUGGAAGGGAAGAGAAGGAAGGUGAAGUUGCAGAGGAGAGGAGGAGGAGGAGUGAGGGAACGGUGGAAGAGAGUUUCCUGUGGAGAAGAAGAGAAGGGUACAAACAGGUUAUUGAUGGGGUGGUGAAGGAAUUAAGGAAAACUAUGGUGACUUUGGUUUUGGGUAUUGCUGUUCUCGUGAUUCUGUAUCUGAAAGUUACAAACAAAGGUCAUGUGGAUGAAGAAUUGUGAAGAACCAGUCAUGAAGGUCUUGUUCAUAAGUGAACAACUCAAAUAUGUCAAAUUGUUUAUUCAAAAUGAUGGAAAUAAAAUUGCCAUAUUUACAAUUA